UAUUACUAAUCAUUUAAGCUCAUCAACAAUGAAAGAAUCUAAAUGUGGAAUGCCUCUCAUUAAAAAGAAUUUCCUUUCCUGCUGGGGAAAACUUAAGCUACCAGUCAUUGUUUUUGGCCCCAUUGUCUGGUUCUCUUCACGAAGCGAGGGCUCAUUCUUCUCCUACAGCUGGUUUGCCAUCCACCCAGUCAGCAUGAACAACAGCAAUCAUCUCGUCAAUAGCGACAACAUGGGCUAUGCCUCUUACCUUUUUGAGCAAGAGAAGAACAAAGGCUAUCUACCUGGACAGGGACCAUAUGUAGCAGCCUUUGCUUCAUCAAACCUGGGAGAUGUGUCCCCCAAUAUUCUUGGCCCACACUGUGUCAACACAGGAGAGUCUUGUGAUAAUGCCAAUAGCUCUUGUCCUAUCGGUGGGUCUAGCAUGUGCAUUGCUAUGGGACCAGGAGAGGAUAUGCUCAACAGCACGCAGAUUAUAGGACGGAUCAUAUAUCAGAGAGCGAAGGAACUGUAUGCCUCCGCCUCCCAGGAGGUCACUGGACCACUGGCUGCAGCUCAUCAGUGGGUGAAUAUGACAGAUGUCACCGUCCAGCUCAACUCCACACACAUGGCAAAAACGUGUAAACCAGCACUGGGCUACAGUUUUGCGGCUGGGACAAUCGACGGAUUUGGGAACCUCAAUUUUACUCAGGGGACAACAGUAGGGGAUCCAUUUUGGGACAGUCUUCGGGAUCAAAUCCUGGGCAAGCCAUCUGCAGAAAUCAAAGAGUGUCAUAAACCAAAGCCAAUCCUUCUUCAUACUGGAGAGUUGACAAAACCUCAUCCCUGGCACCCAGAUAUUGUUGAUGUUCAGAUUAUCACGAUUGGGUCCUUGGCCAUAACUGCCAUCCCUGGGGAGUUGACGACCAUGUCUGGACGAAGACUUCGAGAGGCAGUUCAAACAGAAUUUGCAACCAAUGGGAUGCAGAAUAUGACCAUUGUUAUUUCGGGUCUGUGCAAUGUGUAUACACAUUACAUUACCACCUUUGAAGAAUACCAGGCUCAGCGGUAUGAGGCGGCAUCUACAAUUUAUGGACCACACACUCUGUCUGCUUACAUCCAGCUCUUCAGAGGUCUUGCGAAGGCCAUUGCUACGGAUACAGUAGCCAACCUGAGCAGAGGUCCAGAACCUCCAUUUUUCAAACAACUGAUAGCCCCAUUAAUUCCUAAUGUCGUGGAUAGAGCACCAACAGGCAAAACUUUUGGGGAUGUUCUGCAGCCCGCGAAACCUACAUACAGAGUGGUAAGGCUCCCAAAGAGAUAAAGGAAUCCUCCAGAAGCCUGUAUCUGUCUAAUGUCAACACCUGCCUCUAAUCAUGCUCUACACCAGCUGUUAGCAGUGAUGAUUUUGACAGUUGUUCUGAACUCUGCAGACCCUCUGCAAAUGUGGGAAUGGGGAAAUAUUUAUUUUUCAGGUGGUAAUGAUGUAAAAUCAAAUUUC